GGGUGAACCUAAAACAUGUGUUAUCUUUAUAAACAAGAACGGUCACAUUCUUAAACACCUUACUACUAGGGAGUCUUAAUAAGUCAGUCAACUAAGUUACAACGGGUGUCAGUGGCCUCCAUUUCAGAUGAUUUUGUAUUCGACUAGAACACAGGGUGUCACAGUUUGUAUGUUUUGGUUAGAUCUGAACGUUAGUGAUGGACAGUUACAGCGAUUUCAGUUUGACAAGCCAUUCUGAAGACUAGUGAGAAGCUACAGUCAUGAAGAGGAGCACUGCACUGUUGCGUCUCCUGUCAGUCUCAGGACUGUGUUACCUGACUCUCAGUAUCUCCCCUCCUCAGUAUCACUAUAUUAGCCUUCAAAUGAAUUAUAGCCAAGCCCAGACUUACUGUAGAGACAUGUACACUGACUUGGCAACCAUCUACAACUCAGGGGAUCUGGAUAGACUUGUACAAUUGGUACCGAAUGGUACAGCCAGUGUCUGGAUAGGACUGGAGUUUGGAGAUGAAUUUGAGUGGCACUGGUCAUUACCAGAUCAGAGAAAGAUUGCGUUUUUCAACUGGAGGGCAGCAGAGCCGAAACAAAACAAUACUCAAGACAGCUGUGCUGCAAUGGAUCCAAACGGACAGUGGUUUGAGGAUAAUUGCCAAAUCAAAAGAGGUUUUGUUUGCUUUGAUGGGAAAAACGCUAGUAACAGUCACAUCUUCAUUGAUGACAGCAAGACUUGGAGAGAGGCUCAAGACCACUGCCGGGGUACGUACACAGACCUGGCCAGCAUACGGUCCAGAGAGGAAAACCAUCACGUCCAGAACAUGUCACUGUCCCAGAGCAUGUGGAUUGGUCUCUUCAAAGACCCAUGGAAGUGGUCAGAUGGGAGCAACUCCUCAUACCGCUUCUGGAAGACCAAUCAGACUAACAACUUCAGAGGGGACCAGAACUGUACUUCUCUUAUACUCAACGAUAACAAGUGGAAUGUCCAGUGGUGCAACAUCAGUUGGGGGUUUGUCUGCCAUGGUGAAAUGAAGCGACCAACUACCCAGAUGCCACCUACAACUCCUCCCACAGCUACUGUGCCACAAACAACUCCUCCCACAGCUACUGUGCUUGCCACUGCUGAACAGUCAACUACAGAUGAAGUAACACCUAAGCUAACAACUACCCAUUUUGUGCAGAUCCAACAUAUUCUUUUAGAUCUUUUACCAACCUCUGACCAAGCAACUACUGUAGGCUUACCUGUUCAAAACACUCCAUCUACACCAGUACCAACUACUGUAGGCUUACCUGUUCAAAACACUCCAUCUACACCAGUACCAAUUACUCAAUAUCGCUAUGCCUGUACCAGCUUCAUUGAUUUCCUCAGAACAUGCUUCAACUGA